GUUGUUAUGGUUGUGCAUUAUUAACUGGCAACCAAGCUGUCAAAUUCCUGCCAGUGCGCUGUCACUGUCAAUGUCAUGUUCACGUUGAUUUUCAUUCCAAUUCCACUGUGCUGUGCUAUGUACAUUUUCGCGUCACUUUAUCAAGCAUUUAUUUUAUCAGUGCCAUGCGCUACAAUGCAUUUUCAAUAAAUACAUCAUAAAUUAAUACAGUAAAAAAAAUAAACUUGCCCGGGACAAAGGAGCUGCCUACUUUUAACUGGUGAAGAGAAAGUCAUAACUGUUAAAAAUGGCUGAAGAAAUUUCUCAAGAGCCGAAGAAGCCUAUGACCGAUGAGGAGAGGCUGGCUUUGUGCCAGAAAAUGGACCAGGAACUUGACGAUUUUAUCAACAGUCUGGAGAGAAAGAGAUACACUGAUGGAUGGUCUGAGGACAAAUGGGAGGAAGAAAUGGACAAGCAUCCAUUCUUCAUGAAGACCUUACCAGAGAAUGGUGAGAUAUCUGCUCUGGCCGAGGGCUUGGCCAAGCUGAAGUAUGAUCCGGAGGAGAACACUGCGCUGGAACUGGCUACUAACUAUAAGGAGGAUGGGAAUUUUAAUUUCCGUCAUAAGAACUACCGGUUGGCAAUACUUGGAUACACAGAAGGCAUAAAAGUCAAAUGCGAUGACGCCGAAAUGAACGCAUUUUUAUACAACAACCGAGCGGCCGCGCAAUACCACCUCAAGAACUACCGUUCAGCCCUCGCUGACAGCGAGCGAGCUCUGUCUCUCAAGCCGGACCACACUAAGGCCCGCCUCAGAGCCGCUAAGUGCGCCUUUGAGAUAGCUAACUACGAAAAAUGUCUCGAACAUUGCAAUAAACUUGUUCAAGACAACCCUAGUGACACAGAAGCUACUGAACUCAUCGCUAAAACUAAAAAGAAAAUGGUCAUCCAAGCCAGAGAUAAAAGGAAACAGGAGAAACUAGAACAAAUCAAGCGGCAACAAAAAGAUGAGGUUGUCAAAGCGAUUUUGGAGCGAGGGAUUCGCAUUGCUAACUGCGAUGAAGAAGACGACCUAGAUUUGUCUAAGUUAGAACCUAGUAUGCCUGGAGCUCAUGAUAAUAUAGUGCAUUUGGAGAAUGGGAAGCUACAGUGGCCGGUACUGGUUUUUUAUCCGGAGCAUCUCUUGACGGAUUUCAUUGUAGAUUGCCCGGAGGAUGUUCCUUUAGAAACUCAGUUGGCUAAAGUUUUCCCGGCUCCAUGGGACACUCAGAAUAAAUAUGGAACAGAUAAAAUUAAUGUAUAUUCAGAAGGUUAUAAUAAGCUUCCACAUAUUAUAGAUAUCUCUAUGGAUUUAGGAGAUAUAUUGAAAAUGAAAUAUUUUGAGGUGAAAGGUGGGACUCCGGCCUUUGUAGUGGUGCCUCGUGGAAGCCAAGUUGAGAAAAAGUUCCUUUCGGGAUAUUUCUCUUAAAUUGGUCUUAGUUAGCGACUCAUGGUUAAAUGGGCUUAGAAUACGACAUUUCUUGAUGUCAAGGCCAGUCCAGAGGGUUGAUCAAAAUGCCCUCAAACGCGAAUACUAGCAUCACAAAUCGGUAUUCUUGCAUCCGCAUCACCUGAUUUGACCAGGACCAGACAACUUAAACAGAUUGGCGACAAAUUGUUCCCGUCUGGACUAGCCUUCAGACCACGCAGAAAUAUGUACAGUCACGUCUAAAAAUAUCUACAGGAUCGAAGUGCCAAAAAUAUGUAUACACGACCUUAUGGCCCAUAUAUUAGGGUAGUGUAUACAUAUGUUUGGCACUUUGUCUGUCUUGGUAGACCGUAUGUGGAAUAUUAUAGGCUAAGGUACAACUUGAAAAAAUUAAAUAUUUCUAGCUGUUUGAUAUAAUCUCUCUAUCUAUAUAGUUAUACGUCUGUAUGAAAUUAAAUAGUUCACUAAGAGUUUGGACACGUUAAAUUUUAAUUUUAUUUGAUGGGGAAGGAAACUAUAUUUCUUAGUUUUUAAAAUAUUUACAGUCUAUUUGUAAUACAUUUAUCCAUACGUUUAUUUUGCCAAAAAAGUUUUUUUAUGAGUUUUGAUAUCAUUCGAAAUAUUUUUAGUAGGUAGACCGGAAUCAUCAAUAAUUACCUAAAUAUUUACUUUAUUGGUACCUAAUAAAAUGUUUAUAUAAAAGAUA